GAGAAAUAAUCGAAAAACAAUUUAAUUAAAAAAAAAAAAAAGAAACAGAAGAAGAAAGAAUCCUUCUUCAUCGUCGUCUCCAUCCUCCCGAUGAAUCCACACAAAACCGAAGAAGAUCUGUUCCACCACCACGAUCUCGACCCAACAAACCUACUCUCUCAAUCACCACACCCGUCCAUCCACCACCACAGCCACAACCCCGAAGACGAUCCCACCUUCUCUCUCCCGGAGUUCGUCCUCUUCCGCUCCUCACCCUCCCUAGACUCCCCAUCCCACUCCUCCGACGAACAAGACUCCUUAUCCCACCCCACCCCGGAAACCCCCAAAAUCGCAAACCCUAGAAUUUCAAUCUCAACCGAAGAGCCCCGAGACUGGGACUACAUCAACCCGGAGCCUCACAUCUCCUCCCAAUUCUACACAUUCAACUCCGAAUCCCACUCCCUCAUGAUCCUCUGCCUCCGCGAAGGCCGCCUCGCCUCCCCCGCCGAGAUCCGCGUCGCCACCCCUCGCUCCGUCCUCAAAUCGUGGCGCUCCGUCUGGAAAGACCGCAACGAGGACACCGCCUACGUCACGGCGUGGAAACGGAUCCAGGACAAGCUCACCGCGCGCCUCGAUCCCGCCUCCGGCAACGAGUUCCUCUGCUUUAAAAACAACACGCGGCAGUUCGUGUCGCACGUUAGCCAGUGGCAGGACAUAGUCAUGGGGUUUCACGGUGACGGCGACUUGAAACACUUGGGGGUUAGAGAGACUAUUGAUAGGAUUAAACAAGUGUGGACCGUUGGUGCUAAGUUGUAUGGUAUCCCAGAGAGCUUUAUUAGGGUCUGUGUGGCGGCGUGUGGUGUUUGUAAUGCGGUUACUGAGUCCGGCUCGAGGAAUAAACGGCGGCGUUUUGAGUAUACUGAGUCUUUCGAUGUGCCUGCGAAGGACGUUGCUGAUAGGUUGCAGGAGUUAGCUGCUAAGCAUAAGGUGGUGCUGUGUAUUAGGCAGAAGUAUAUUAGGUACAAGCCGUUUAUGGCCGAGGUGAAAGAUUACGCUUGUCACAGAGCUGGAGAGCCUGCGUCGAAGAAGUCCAGGGUUUUGAAGAGGGAGCCUUAUCAGUCUAAGAGGUGUGGGUGUGGUUUUAGGAUUAGAGCUAUUGUCCCCAUUGCUAAUUAUAAUGAAAAGGAUAAGACUUUUGUUUACGAGGAGGAAGGGACAGCUGUUUUUAAGAUGUACGCUGUUCAUUCGGGGCAUGAGCCCGGGGCGAUGGAUGGGAACGCGAGGAUCAUGCAUCGGCUUGUUGGUCAUAAGGAGUUUUUGAUGGAGCAUGAUGUGGUCUAUGGCGUGAGGGAAGAGUUGGAAAGUGAAGAGAUUGGGAAGGACGAUGGUGGAGAUAUGCGUUUGAGUGUGUUGCAUCAGGUGCAUGAGCUGAGGAGUGAGCUUGGUGCUUUAGAAGGAAAGAUUGGGAAGAUUCCGGAAGAGAUGUUGGGUUCAGUGUCCAGAGAGUUGUUUGAGAUGCUCAACAAGAUCAGGAACAUCGACGAAGAGGGUGUUAAGGGAACAACGGGCUUGCUUUCCGACAAGGAAAUGCUUGUUGGAGAUAACGAUUUAGCUCAUUGGAGUGACCAUCACCAUCACCAUCACCAUGAGCAUUUGUAUGGAGAUGGGAAGGAUACAGAGCUUAUUGAAGAUGAUGAAGACAGUUUCGGGAGGAGCCUUGAUGAUGUUGUUCCUUGGGAACAGAUAAGGCCACCAUCUGGGUGUACAAGCCCAAAGGAUAUAUUGUCGGAAACAUCAUGUAAGCCUGAGAAAUGGUUAAAGUGCAAUGACUUUGAUGAGAAGAGCAUUCUGAACUGUGAAGAUUCGAAACUAACAAAACCGAUGAGAGACGAUGAAGGUAUAGUAUCAGACGUAGGUUUAGUUGGUAUACAAGUGGAUAGCUUCUAUCAAGAAAACUCAAAAUGGUACGAUUCUCCUUGUGAAGAAGACAAUGGAUUCAGACAUGGAGAGAUUUUGUAGAAACACGGGGUAAGGUUCGUCUUUAUAACCAGUUUCUAACUCAGCUAUCACACGCAUCUUAUGUAUAUCAUAACUGGGGGGAUCAGAUUGUAUAUUUAUGCAUUCUAUAAGUCGAGAGUAUUUUGUUUUGUAAUGUUGUAGAGGUUUCUUUUGUUGUGUGGUUGUGUAAAACGAAACCCAUAUUUGUGUCUCUGCAUAUAUAUAACAUCGUUGUUAGUUUUAUUUAACC